AUGCCUGACGACGAUUUUGACAUCUACGGCGAAGACGACGGCUUUGGCUCUGCCAUGGGCCCUGAGAUUACGAAUGAGUACGAAGAGCAGAAUGUAGAAGAGCCGCCAACGCCGAUCAAUGAACCCUCUGUGGGUGAAAAGCGUCCUCGUGAGGAAGAAGCGCCCGAGAACGCCCCUCAAGAAAUCGCGGCAGAAACAUCGAAAUCUCCGAAUGCUAACUCAAGCUCGUCUGCUUUGAACCCUGCAAACCUUGGUCAUGGGGCGAUGAAUGGCAACCUUGGUGCAGGACUAUCUAAUAUGCCAUCCAACAUGGAUGCUUUGUACAUCGGUGAUUUGCAAUGGUGGACUACGGAUGAAGAUUUGCGCAAGGCCACUUUAAAUAUUGGUGUUAAUAUCGAACUCAAAGACAUCACAUUCUCCGAACAUAAGGUCAACGGGAAGAGCAAAGGAAUCGCGUAUGUUGAAUGCCACAGCCCAGAAAAUGCGAAUUUGAUCAAGAACUGGUUCGAUAAGAAUGACUUUCAGGGUCGACGUGCGAGUACGAGUCUCACGACUUCACAGCAGGGAAAUCCGUUCCGUACAUUGCCAAAAGAGCCGCCUCAACGAGAUGGCCGGGCGGGAAACCAAAAUCAAGUCGGACGAGGUGGCUUCCGUGGCAAUCAACCGAAUAACAACAUGGGUAUGCAGCAAUCACGAGGUGGUGGCCCACAGGGUAUGAUGCGCGGCAAUGGUCCACUGAGCGGAGGUACAAUGACUGGGCUACCUAACGUACCAGCCGUGAACAUGAAUAUGAUGAACAUGAUGGGAGCCAUGGCAAAUCAGUUUGGAGGAAACAUGCCGUUUGCUGGUAGGGGCGGAGGAGGUAUGAUUCCUCAGGGACCAAGAGGCGGAAUGAUGAAUGGGAACUUUGGUGGGAGAGGUGGAGGCAUGAUGGGCGGUGGAAUGGGUAUGGGUAUGGUACCCACAGGUCCAAUGGGUGGUCGAGGCGGGUUCGGUGGACAGGGAGGUGGGGGACACUUCAAUCCAGCGUUCAUGCAGAAUCAGAAUGCUGGACAGUUUGGACCAGAUGGGCCAAGGAAGCGCUUCAGGAUGGAGCAGAGCGGCUGA